AUGAGCCAAAAUUGUACUAAAUGUCCUUAUCACAUACAAACAGGGGAAGCAGCACGAGUUUCUUACACAGAAUUUCAAAAGGCUUUUGGAUUCCCAUAUGGGCCAAUGGAUUACCAAAAUAAACACCUUCUCUUUUAUGAGUUGAGAGAUGUAUCAGGUAAAUUAAUUCAAAAGGGCCAAGUUACAAACUGUGAAGAAUAUAACAUCCAUCCAGAAGCAAUGCUAUUUGAAACGGAUGGUUAUCUAGACUCAGUUGUACACAAUUGGGGGAACAUUGCAUAUAUAUUUCUUUAUUCAAAUUAUUCUCCUUGUAAUGAGGCAGAGCAUGGGUGCAUAAGCAAAAUUUACAGUUUUUUAAUGAAGCAUCAAGACAUCACGCUCUGCAUUUAUUUCUCACAGCUGUAUCACACAGAGGAGGAUUUCCCCAUGUCCACCUGGAAUUGUGAAGCCUUGCAGAGUCUUGCCAGCAUGUGGCCUCAGGUGACACUGAAUCCCCUCUGUGGUGGACUUUGGCAUUCCCUCCUCUAUAAUUUUGUGAGUUCUAUGCCACAAGCAAGAUUCUACCAGCCAAUUUUGCCUAUAAGAACCCUGGCUGACAAAAAAAAUGCAACACAAAUUCGCAGUAUAACAGGAAUGAAAUUGCCUUUUGUUAACACCUGGUCUCAGCCAAUUUAUGGAACUUCAAGCGCUGCACCAAGUUUGCAAAACUAUUACUUAUCAACUUCAAACUACCCAGCAGAACUGACAAGUAACAGAUUGCCACCAAAGGGAAUGCCAUCAUUUCAUUUCACGCCUCCUAUUAAUACUUUGCCACCUUUAUACAAGAAACCUAGAAACAUUGUCAGACAUGUAAACAUGCCAAAUGAGUCAUUAAGCGAAUCAAUACCAAAGGAAAGAUCUUUUCAGAGGGGAAAAACAUUACCUUUCAAACAAAUCUACAGAGCUUGAAGGUUAUAGAAUGAAAAAGGAUUAAAUUCACAUCAUAUAAAAUCAGAAUGCAGGACUGGGCAAUUCAUAGGAAGGAGUAGAUAAAGCAAUGAGUUAAGAGUACUGAGAAGAACAUGAACAUUUCCCCCCCAUAUGUAAUUUGUAUAUUGGAAAAAGACAUGGAAUAUCACUGCCUGCAGCUGAAGAGAAGAUGGCAAAGAAAUCUUUUGAUUUUUCCUCCAGAGCCAUUUACAGUAACAGCAACAAAGCAAUGGGCAACUGUG